AUGCAGAUAAGAUGCUGGACACUGGAGCUUUUGCUCGCCACUACGGUGGUUUCUCUAUGCCCCGACACUCAACAAUGUAUUGAUAGAAUCCGUGAGCUCGCAUCAGGUCCAAGAACAUUCUGGUUUGGGGAGCACCGACGGGCGCUUUGCCAUCAUCGGCAUGCCAAUCCCGUUGAAUGCUUUUCUCCACCACAAUUAGCUUCUUUUCAUUCAUUGGGGAGUCGACUUUUUCGCGUUCGGACCUACCAUUCCGAAUACUUGCGAAACUUGGAGAUAUUUCCGCGGAUAACCUACCGUGCGGCACCUGGCGAGUACCGAGCCUGCGAACAUGAUUUCCGUAUCCGCAAUGCUUCCGUUAUUGAAGCCGAUCCGGACAUGAAUGCUGUCGCUCCGUUCUUAAUUCGGAAACGCCCUGAAAUUACAUGGCAUGGCUUGGACUUUGAUGGAGAUUUCGUGCUUUUAAUGACUGAUGUUGGAUUUGGCACCUUAAAUUAUCUGGUCACCGACUUCCCUCGAAAACCAACGGUUCUGAAAGAAUAUGAGGGCUGUGAUAAUUUCCGCCCACAGCCGAAUCCAAUGGCGCUCGUCGUUUUUAGAAAACCAAAAAGGUCACUGCUGAUGCCUAAAGCCGAAAACUUUAAUCUUGGCGACUUCAUGUUAGAAAACGAGCUUACCGAUGAUUUGGUCGGUUUGUCCGUGGUAAUUGUGGGAGCAGAUCCGUACGCCAUCGAACGUCAACGAAUGCGAGGACUUGCCGACAAUUGUCAUUCAUUGAUUAAGAAAAAAGUAGUACGCUCUCCUCCAUCCAAACUACUAUCACGAUUACCGAUCGAAGAAGUCACUAGUUGGCUGAGUGUCGCUUAUGAGCAAAAGCCUCUCGAUGCAAGCGUAUGCUGUCAAAGAGUUCAUAUUAGCCACGAACUUGUGCAUCUUGAUCCUCUUGGCGACUCAAUCGUUUCCGCCACGGCAACAUUUCACCCGCCAAGAGUAUCUUCCCUAAAGGUUUCGAAUAACGCUUAUUCAAAUUAUCAUCGCAGCGCCCGGACCUUUGUUGCUCUGAUGGAUGAGUUAUACACCGUUCUUCUACUUGAUGCGCACACCGGUAAAUUGCAUUGGAUGGUAGUGGAUGUUUCGGCUGCCGAUUUGACCGAUGAUGCUUCUACAAAAGGACAUACUCUGGCUUCAUACAUCCAUCCGGCUCCAGCAGAUCCGGCUCAUUGUUGGCCAUUUGCAUUUUUGGUUCUCGCUCAACCCCGAACGCUCGCCCACAACAUCAAAUUGUUCUGCUCCUCAGAUUGUGAGGAGAGGGACCGUUUCAAUUUCGAAGAGUUUAAGCAGCUCAACGGACUGCGUCUCUUUGCAUUUUCUUGGAUGAAUAGUUGCUACGACCUCUCUUUUGCUCAUCAUGUAUUAUCGCAAAUUGCCUCAUCGAUCUCAAACGAAACGCUCAACAACGAAAAGAUCCGG